AUGUCAAAUAAUCCUAAGUUUUUCAAGGAUGUGUCAAUUAUCCACAACUUAAAUUUCCACUCUGAUCAUAAAAUGGUCCGUGCUGCAUUGACUGGGAUACCUAUGAAAAGGACAAGGAAGUAUCUUAUCAAUAAUUCAAGGAUAGUGUGUACGGGAGAAAGCGAAGCACUCUCAGCGAAUCUCAAAUUAUUGGCAAAGAACCAACACUUCAAUAAAGAUUUAUCCAUUGAAGAAAAAUACAAUAAGUUCAUACAAAUAUUAAAAGAAGCGACAAGAAAGACUAAUACAGAAGAUAAUAGAGCGAUUUCAAAACAAACACAGGAACUACUUCAAGAAAGGAAAAACCUCAUUAAAGGAAAGGAGGAUAAAUACAAAAUAUCAGAAAUUAGUAAGAAAAUAAAUGAACAAAUUAGAAAAGAUAGAAAAAUUAAACGGGACAACACUAUGAAAAAACACAUAGAGAAGACAGGUGGAAUUAAAAAGGCUAUAAAAGAACUAACAGUAAAAAAGGACUGGAUGCCAAAAGUAAAGACUGACAAAAAUAACUACACUUGUAAACGACCAGAAAUACUGGAGUUGGCUACAGAUUAUUACAAGAAACUAUAUAAAAGCAACAAGAGCGGAAGAGCUUAA